AUGUCAAACUCAACAGUUUCAUCGUCCCUCACUACACAUCUGGGAUCAACCAGUACCACAGUGCUAUCUUCAAGUGAUGAUUCCAGUAUAGAUUCAACAUCUUCCACAACAAGUUCUACUUCAAGUUCUUCAUCAUCAAGUUCUAAAAAUAAAGAUUCAAGUAGUUCAACAGAUAUUGUGACACCAACUAUUUCAUCAUUAUCAGAUUGGGAAUCAGAAUCAUCAACAAUAACAGAUUCUUCAUCAAGUCAGAACCCCACCACUACUUUGGAAUCUUCAACUUCUUCAAAUUCAACAGAUGAUUCAAGUUCACGUUCAUUUCAUGCUCAUGGCGGAAGUUCAUUUAGUGUUUCUUUGACAUCUACAUCAAACUCUGAAUCGUUAACAUCAAGUUCAUCAAGCUCAUCCUCAUCGGAAGAACCAUCAUCAACAACAACAUCGUCAUCAUCAUCAUCAACAACAUCAACAACCUCUUCCACAUCAUCAUCAUCAACUGAAACGCAAUCAAGUUCAUCAAGCUUCCAUUCCCAUCCAACGCCAUCAUCAUCAGAAUCUUCUACUUCUUCAUCGAGCUCUUCAACAACUGCCAAAGUAUCAAGUUCAUCACAAGCGCCAUCAUCAAGUUCAAUACAUCUAUCAUCUUCAAACACCCAACAAUCAUCUUCAUCAAUAGCCCAACCUUCAUCUUCAUCUCUAUACGCAGAAGCUUCAUCUUCAUCAUGGGAAAGUUCAAGUUCUUCUGAAUCUCCAUCAUCAACCACAUUUGUCUAUACACAACUAUACGAACUAACGGAUUCAUCAACUACAAUAACUACCGCCAUACCUGUAUCUACAGUGCUGGGUGAUGUUGGUACUUUUUCAUACACUUCAGAUCAAGCUAUAACAACAGAUGCUUCUGCGUUUGCUAAUUAUUUGAAAUUGAAUUCAAAUUCUAAUUCAAAUGAAAACAAUGAAUCUACUGGGACUGCUGAACAAACAAAGGGUAAAAUUGCAGGUUCAGUUAUUGGUUCAGUUGCUGGUGUUUCAUUAAUUUUAUUCUUAGUAUGGUUUUUCGUAUUCAGAAAGAAGAGAUUUGGAGGUUUGGAUAAUUCUGAAAAGGGUUCAUUUACCCAUUCAAUUUCUUCAACAAGAAGAUUAGAAAAUGAUGAUGAUUAUGAAGAUUAUGGUGGAACUUAUCGUAAUUAUAAUGAAAAGACAAGUAAUGAAAUGUCACCAAGUUUAGGGUUUUUCUCAAAAUUUAAUAAAAAAUCAACUUCAUCUUCUUCAUUACCUGAUGAACCAAUGUUAACUUCACAACCUCAAAUACCUCACCGUCCUGCUCCUCCACCUCCAACAAAUGCAACAAACUCAUCAACACAACAAGAUCUUGCUAAUUUGGGGUCAAGUAUACUGAUGGGUCAACAAUUACCAAAUGAACAUACACCAAUAAUCAAUUCUGCCAGUGGUAAUAACAAUAACAAUGUCAAUAACAAUACACGUGGAAUACGACAAGAAGAUAAUCACUUAAGAACCAUAGAUACAGUUUAUGAAGAAACAGAAUCUGAAACCUCAACAUUGGCAAGAAAUCAUUCAACAAGAAAUUCAAUUUAUAAAACUAAUGCAAAUUCUCAACGUUAUCAAAAUGCAGGUUUAACUCCAUAUAUGGCUGAAAAUCCAUUUGAUGAACAAGAAAUUAUUAAAAAACCACCUCCUCCACCACCUGUUAGAAAAGCAAAUCCUGUUCAUUUAUCAGAUGAUCCUCGUCGUUUAGGAAAUUCUGGAUAUGGUUAUGGUUCAAAUAAUGUUAAUAGAUAUUCAACUGAAUCAAAUGCUUCAUCAAUGAAUUCUGAUUCUGAUGGGUCAAGUACUGAUGAAUCUUUUGGAUCUAUUCAAAUUGAUGGUUCUAAUGCAGAUCAUGGUGGAUUUUUCAAAGAAAUGGUUUAA